AUGCUCGAAAGUACCAAAGCUCAGGCGCAUCUUUUCGACGCUCUUAAAGCUAAGGGAGUCAAGCCCCUUUGCAAGGCAACCGCAGCCAAUGAGCUGCCUACCGAAAGUGAAGAAGAAGAAGAAGGAGAAAUAGAGAAGACGAAGGACGUUGGCUUCAAGUGGUCCGACGUCGUCUGGUACAACGUCCUCGUGCUGCUCUCGUGGCACGUGGGGGCGCUCUACGCGCUGCUGUUCGUCCUGCCGCGCUGCUCUCUCAAAGAGCUGCUCGUGCUCUGGCUCGUGCUCUGGCUCGUCUCCGGCCUCGGCAUCACGGCAGGCGCGCACCGUCUCUGGUCGCACCGCAGCUUCAAGGCCAAACGCCCACUGCGGGUGUUCCUCAUGCUAAGCAACUCGAUGGCGUUCCAGGGAUCGAUCUUCGAGUGGGCGCGCGACCACCGCGUGCACCACAAAGGGUCGGACUCGACGGCCGACCCGCACGACUCGCAGCGCGGCCUCUUCUUCUCGCACAUGGGCUGGAUCAUGCUGCGCAAGCACGAGGACGUGCGUGCAGCUGGGAAGACGCUGGACUUUACGGACCUGCUCGCAGACCCCGUUGUGACCUUUCAGACCCGACACUAUGGGAAACUCGCGUUCCUUAUGUGCUACUUCGUGCCAACAGCUAUGGGUUCGUGCCUGUUUAGCAGCGCCUCCAGUGGCUUCUGGGUCGGGGGUAUCUUUCGUCAUGUCUGGGUGCUGCACAUGACGUGGAUGGUCAACAGCGUGGCGCACUUUUUUGGCUACAAACCGUACGACCUUAAGAUUCGUGCUGUUGAAAACCUCUUUGUUGCGCUUGGUGCGCUCGGCGAGGGCUAUCACAACUACCACCACAAGUACCCGUCAGACUAUGCGACAAGCGAGUGGGGGAUACUCAGUGGUCAGUACAAUCCGACCAAAGCCUUUAUUGACUUUUGUGCGCUCAUCGGCCAGGCCUAUGACCUCAAACGCAGUCGCACGGCUGCCAAGACUCGUGACGUUGUGGCCAAGCAAGUAAACGAAGAGCUGAUGAAGAGCGGAACGAGUCAGACCAUAUCGUGGUGGGACAGCCAAAUUAGCCAGCUCUGUUUCGGCAAGUCGGAAACUCAGAUUUUCUAG